UAUUUUACGGGCUUUAGGACCCCGCUUUGCUUGGGCGGUGUGCACGUGCAGGUCCGCGAUGGGGCGCGCACGUCACGACACUGAAUCUCAGUCAGAUGUAGGGUAGCGGGACAGCCACGCAAUAUUACCUACUAGAUGCAGGGUUAGGUUCACCCCGGUUUACCACCAAGUGGGGAGGACUUUAGCCCUGUGAGGAGGCCUAGUUGGGUGGGUGGCACGAUGAGUGGGAAGAACCUGCUGCUCAAAGUAAUCCUACUGGGAGAUGGUGGAGUGGGCAAGUCCUCCUUGAUGAACCGCUACGUAACAGACCGGUUUGACUCCCAGUCUUUCCACACCAUUGGCGUGGAGUUCCUUAAUCGGGACUUGGAAGUGGAUGGACGCCUUGUCACUCUUCAGAUAUGGGACACAGCUGGUCAGGAGCGCUUCAAGUCAUUACGUACACCUUUCUACCGAGGCGCCGACUGCUGCCUGCUCACAUUUGCCGUGAACAACCUGCAGAGCUUUCAGAACCUGGGCAGCUGGAAGAAGGAGUUCAUGUACUACUCUGACGUCAAAGACCCCGAGCGGUUCCCUUUUGUGGUACUGGGCAACAAGAUAGACAUGGAGCAGAGGGAGGUCGGGGAGGAUGAAGCGCGGGCCUGGUGCGAAGAGAACGGCUGCUGCCCUUACUUUGAGACCAGUGCUAAAGAUGACACUAAUGUCACCGCUGCGUUUGAGGCAGCUGUCAGGGAGGUUCUGGCUGCUGAGGACCAGAUUGAUCACGCGCUCUUGAGUAGUACUAUUGAUCUCCAUGGCAACCGCAAAACCUCCCGAAGAUCUUGCUGCUGAUUGGAUAGGUGUGAAUCUACCCUGUUUUAAUCCCUCUGGCUGAAACUUGCCUGUGGUAGUUUUAAGAGCCAGUCAUAUAUUGUUUAUGGUACGUGUACUGUUGGUACAAAGUACUGAGUGCAGUGUUCCCUGAAGAUAAUAUGAAUAGGAUACACCUGCUCUGAGGAGGCGUAUCAAGGAUUUAGCUGGUUUAUAGAAUGUUGAAUUAUUGCUCCUAGAAAGGUACCGGCACACUUACAAGCUGUGCUGCCAGUAGUAUGGUACAAACCAUUGUUUCCAGCUUGUGCAGGGACUAUAGCAUCUAGUGCAUUUAAGGGAUUAACUUAAAUCAAAAUAAUAUAAUUUGAAAUAAAUGCAUUUGAACAAAGAAUAUACCAAUCCACCUUUGAAGAGCCCUCCUUUUUUGCUCCUUAAAGCUGUGUUUCCACCAUAGGAACUUUCCUAAGGGACUAGGAGCCUUUGAAAGGACUGUGUGUUUCCAUCAAAGGGACAAAGGUCUAAAGAUUAAAUUCUCUGGGAAAUAUUUACCUCCAAAAAGCUCCUGUUUGUGCAACAGUGUUUUCCCUUGGUUUAGGGACAGUGAUAAUAAUGUUUGCAGCACUAAACUUGUAGCAUUCAGCCAGUCCAUCUUAGUCAUCUUACUUCAAGUUGUUGCAGUUGCUUAUUUUGCUUACUUUAAGGCUUAUAUUGGAGAUUACUGUUGUUAAGCACAACACUCAGACUUGGUUCGCCUGCCUGGUUUAUCUAAAAAAAAUAUAUAUAUGAAGAGAGCAGUUGUAAUUGAGUAAGCUAGAGAGUGCAGUGUUUUGCUCAGAAUUGGAUUGUAAUUGUCAUGGUACCAGGGGUGCGUUUGUAAAUGUGCCCAGAAAUUAUGCACACCCACACAUUUUUUUAAAAUGAAAUUAAAUAGCGUCUCAUAUAAUGUGCCCCUCUGACUCUUUUAAUUUCCAAAUAUUUUGGGAGAAAUAAAUAACGUAUAUAUUCAGCUAUCUGUCCACUAGAUGGGAACUACCAGACACCCCACAAUGUAUUAUUAUUACAGUAUUUUACUUCCGAUAAGAGAUUACUGUGAUUUUUAGCGUUUAUCAUUUUUUAACAUUUUAACCAUUUAUUACCUUUAUUUAAACUGCAAAUUUCAUCCUCAGAGUAAAACUUUGUAACAGUUCUAUCCAAUAAGAUAACAUUGUCUAACUCCAACUCCACCAACACUAUCACUAAAACCUGCGGUAAAUGUUGCCACAAGAUGGGGUCAGUCUAUUAUCAGUCUGUGAUUGAAUGGGGUCAUCUUGACGAUUACAUGCAAUCUCUUUCUGAUAAUACAAGAAAUUAACUGUGGUAAAUUGUGGAAAAUCUCAAAUCUCUGUUGGUGUAUAGAUAGAAAGAAAUUCACAUUUGUGCUCAGCAACCUUCCCGUUCUAUAGGAAUGUAACUAGAAUACAUCCAGCUGGCAGCCAGUUGACUCGAGUCCCCUUGUAUGUGCCUGUAUUGAUACAAUAUCGCCACACAUAAUGUCACGAUACUGUGCUGUAGCGAUUUUUGAUUUCUGAGUCGUUCAUGCUGCAGAUUUGUCCAGAUACAAACUUCCACCUCCUUGUACUGCAUUUGGAGACAAUUGUCUUUGUUCUUCUCAGCUUUAGUGACAUGUGAAGCUGCUCUCUACCUGCUGCAGAUGUUUGUUAGUGGUCUUGUGGUUAGUGGUCACAUCUACAGAGCAGAAAAAACAAACGAACAAAAAUGGAGUCCUAGACUGUGGAUUCUGAGUCCAUGAGAUAAGAAAUUCUGGUCAGCCUGCUGAAAGGCAGAAAACAGGACCGGAAGUUGGUGCUAGCUGGUUAGCACAAACUAAAAUUUCAAAAUAAGAGCGAGGGGACUGUCAACUAGUAAAUUGAUCAAGAAUGGCUUAAUUCUCAAAUAGAUGGAAAAAAAAUCUAAAAUGACUUGCAAAAUCUGCUUUGACAGCUGUUAAUAUAGCUAACGACCUGCCCAAAUAAGUUCUGUGUUAGGGGUAAAUAAAGUAACUAGAGUAAAUAAACAGAAGAAGCAGUGUUGGUGAAUUUGGGAAAUACAAGUUUUGCUGAUUAGAAAUGCUGUCACCCCUAAACCACCCCGAGGGAAGAGGCCUAUGCCAGACUUUGUCCAGGCUUCAUCUUGUUGACUGUGACCACUCCGUUUUCUCUCUGUGUGUGUGUGUGUGUGUGUGUGUGUGAAGCUCUGCCUGUCAAAUAGGCACAAAGACCUACAUAACUGAGAGGGACAGAGGCAGCCGAUGUAACAUGGUUACUAUAUUUUUCAAUAGUCAGACAUGUUUAAAAAAAAACAAACAAUGAAAAAACAGCCAGCACUUUUUAAUAUGUCCAGCUUCUCUAUGGAUCUUCCACUGCAGAGGAAAUGGAGACUAAUGAUAGUCUGAAGGAACCUUUUUGUUAUAAGAGAGGCUCAGGUGGAAAUGCAGCUUAACACACAGUAGCUCUAGUCACUGCUCCAUUUUCUGUUCAUGAAGAAGUCUCAUUUUAUGAGAUGUGUCGGCAGUUGUUGGAGAGCUAA